AUGACUACUGGGUGGAGAAAAUGUAUACCUCACUUAAGGGUCCUACCAAACGACCAACAAAUAGAAGAGACUACUUUAACUACCGAUACGGAGUCUGAAAUCGAAAUCAAACAUCAUGGAAAUAUUUCUAAUGUCAGUAAAUCAAGUAUUGAUAAGGGUUUAGAUACUGUUCAUGAAAUGUCCAUCAAUUACAAUCAAUUAAAUAAAGAAAUGCCUUAUGAAUUGAGAGAUGAAGCUGGUAGAAAAUGGUGGAAGUAUUUUGAUGAAUUUGAAUACAGAUUGAAUAAACAACGUAGAGAAUCAAGAAGUUGGUACGAAUUCUUAUACCCAAAUCAUAAAAAACAAAGUAAAGCUGAACGAAGAUUACUUUAUAAACUGGAUCUUAUCAUUGGUGUAUAUUUUUUGAUGCUUUGUUGGUCCAAAUCUGUUGAUACAAACAACUAUACUAAUGCUUAUGUCUCCAACAUGAAAGAAGAUUUAAAGAUGGAAGGUAAUGAUUAUAUCCACACUUCUACAAUUGGUAAUGUUGGUUCAAUUGUCUUUCAACUCCCAUUUAUGUAUUUAUUACCAAGAUAUCCAGCUCAUUUGAUUCUUCCUAUCAUGGAUUUUGGUUGGGCAUGGUUUACUUUCGCUUGUUACAGAGUCAAAUCCCUUGGUGAAUUACAAGCUUACAGAUUCAUCUUAAAUGCGUUUGGUGCUGCUUAUUAUCCAGUGUCACAAUAUGUCCUAGGUUGUUGGUAUGCACCUGAUGAAUUAAGCUCAAGAGUUUGUUUAUUCUUUUGCGGUCAAUUAUUAGGUGGGGUUACCUCAGGAUUACUACAAGCAAGAAUCUUUAAAAGUUUAGAUGGUGUUAAUGGCUUAGCUGGAUGGAGAUGGAUGUUCUUAAUCGACGCUAUAGCAAUUUCAAUCCCAACUGCAAUUAUUGGAUUUUUUGUCAUCCCUGGUAUUCCAUCAAAAUGUUAUUCAUUGUUCCUCACUGAUGAAGAAAUAUUGAUUGCCAGAGCAAGAAAUAAGAGGAACCAAAUAACAGACGGUGUUGAUAAAUCUAAAUUAACGUCAUUAUUUAGUAAAAAAGUUUGGAAACAAGUCUUUUUAACUCCAACUUUCUGGGUCCUGGUAGUAUUCGAUACAUGUUCAUGGAAUAAUAUGACAGCAUUUAGUGGUUCUUAUACAUUAUGGUUGAAAUCGAAUUACGAAUAUACUAUUGAACAAGUUAAUAACCUGAGCGUUUUGCCGGCUUGUCUAGGGUUCGCAUAUGUUUUCUUUUGUUCCUUCGGUGCAGAUAUUUUUCAUUGUAAAUGGAUCUUUAUGGUAUUUGCAGCAAUAAUGAAUACCGUAUCAUGCGCUCUUUUAAUCAAAUGGGAUAUUUCUUCAAGAUCUAAAUGGUAUGCGUUUUUGACUACGUAUUUUAGUAUAUCUGCAUCUCCUUGCUUAUGGUCAUUUAUUAACGACUUCUUAAGGUUUGAUCCACAAGUUAAAGCCGUAACAUGGAUUGCUAUUUAUUCAUUUUCACAAUCUACUUAUGCAUGGAUUCCAAAUUUGGCAUGGCAAACUACAGAAUCUCCAAGAUUCAAGACUGGUUAUAUCGUUAGUUUAAUAUUUGGUGCCAUUUAUGGUUUGUGGACAUUUGUGGUCUUAUAUAUAUACAAGAAGAAUGAAAAGAGACACGCCUUAGGAAAUGGUAUCAUUCUAUAUGAUUCCAGCAAAGAAGAAGCUCCACCAACUUUUGUCACAGAAGAUAUGGAGCUAAGAGAUGAUGGUUAUUAUUACUUGAAGGAAGGCUUUUAA